AUCCGGGAAAAUGUGUCUUAAUCGUCGCCCCAUUAUUAAGCAUAAUGAAAGAACAGUGUAUAAAACUUGGACUUCUAGGAUUUAAAGCAACGUACAUUGGAAAAGAUUUGUUAGAGACUGAUGCAGUGGAACAAGGCUUAUUUGAUUUUUUGUUCGGUAGCCCGGAGACCUUCAUCAAUAACGGCAAGUGGAGAGAGAUGCUGAAAUCAGACAUAUACCAAAACAAAUUACAAUUAAUAGCUGUCGACGAGGCACAUACGGUUACACAGUGGGGAGAAGGUGACAAAGAUGACAAACCUUUUAGAGAGGCAUUUUCCAAUAUAGGGGAAUUGAGGUCACUCUGCCCUAAAGCAUCUUUGAUUGCUUUAACUGCAACAUCAGGACCAAGUCAGCGUAGGAGAAUUAUAAAAAUGUUAUGUUUUCGGACCAAUGUCGAAGUAAUAUUAGAUUCGCCAGAUCGUGAAAAUAUUAAAAUAACAUCUAUGUGUAUUCCCAAUUCUGACAAUUUAGAAAAAGUGUUUAAGUGGUUGAUCGAUACUUUAAGGACCCAAAAGGCACAAACUGAAAGGCAUAUUAUUUUUUGUGAAAGUAUCUCAGAUGUCUCCAAAAUUUACACAACAUUUGUCAAACAUUUUGGCAAUGACUGUCAACUUUUUGAAAUGUUUCACAGCAAGACUGAUGAAAAAGUAAAAGAAAUAAUAUCUGAGGAUAUGAACAAGAAUGGCAAUAUCCGAAUUUUGAUCUGCACAAAUGCAGCAGGUAUGGGGGUUAAUUUCUACAAUGCGUACCAUAUUGUCCAUUACAAAUUACCUAGAAAAUUAGAUACAUUUGUACAGCAGAUGGGGAGGGCGGGAAGGGACGGAAAGUUGUCGGAUGAAUUGAUUCUGUAUAAAACUAAUAAAAAUCAACUUUAAAAAAUGGAAAGUGAGCUAAUUCGAUUAGCUAAAGAUAAUAAAUGUAGACAUGAAAUCCUUUGUGAAGCAUAUAUUUUACAUAACAAGAAAAUAUUACCACUUCAUGACUGUUGUGAUGUAUGUGAAAAAACAUGCAAGUGCAAAAGUGAUCCAUGUCCUCGGACACAUGAAUGUUUAAAAAUAGAUAAUGAAGACAGUGGAUCAUCUGAAGAUGAAGAUGAGAUGAAGAGAUUUGUAAGUGACAGAGAAAAAGAAAUCAUUCAUGAUAAGUUACUAUUUUAUAAAUCACAAAUGUCCAAUACUGAUUGUAUCAUAGAUUUUGAAGUAUUAAAUGGGCUAACAAAUGAAGUUGUUAAAAAGAUUGUGGAAAAUUGCAACUCAGUUUUUUACACCUGAUGAUGUAAUGAGAAAAUUCCCCAUUUGGUGUACAGAUACUGCUACUGAUAUCUGUGAAAUUAUCUCUGAUGUUGGUGGUGAUUCUGAUAUGUAUAAUUUUGCUCAGGACA